AUGAACGCAACAUUAUCACUAGUACUAGGGCUAAAUGCGGACUUGGAAGUAGUUUCCGACAGCGUAGAAGCUAACAACAUCACCCUUGAGGCAAUAUCAACCUACCGACACAUCGCAGUACUCACUGUAUCGGACGAGGUAAUUAUAAGCUAUCCCAUUGGACCACAAAGUUUCUACGCUGAACCCAUUCGACUCCGAUCAUUUGUAGGUACAAAUUGUGUGGACGCCCGGUUUCAAGCUUCUCAAAAUCCUAUAUUUCUUUAACCGCUACUUUUCCCUGCUAUCUGGAAUUAUGCAGGCAUAUUUUGUCGUUGCUGAUCACUAUACAUAUGAAAUAUGUAUGUACAUUACAAGCUAAACAAUAAGCUAAACGGUACGAACCAGGGCAUAUAAGGCCAGGCAUGGUACAAAGCAAGUUCUGGAGCCAGUGAGUCAAGUUUCCAUAGGAAAUUUUACUGGUAGAUUUUUGAGCUGGGAGUGCUAGUAUUUCUUGUGUGCUGGAACGGAGGAGGAAUUAUGCUAUGCCAUAUCCAUGCCAUAUACAAAAACCGUCAGAGCUUCAUCCGAAAGCGCCUUCUAAUAUAAGCACCAUGACUCAUAAGUUUUGUCUGAAAUAGAAAAGGCAGUUACACGCUCUGUGACAGCCCUGUAUGUGAUAACCGUUCUGUACAGCCUUGGUAUGGGUGCUAUAGCUUCUGGAAUUCUCACUCAAGCAUCGGAACCGCAACUUGGAGUAUGUCUCAUGUAUCCUGUCAAAACUUCGGUCACAGACUACACCAGCAUACCCAUGCUGGUGACAGAUAUUAUUUUUAUGACGUUCAUCGGCUAUAAAACCAUAACCUACUACAGAAAAUCUCUCAAUAAACGCUGGAUUGGAGCAACCCUCAUGAAAAGGCUCGGUCAAGGGAGUGUUGUGUGCUAUAUCAGUGUUUGCCUGGCAGAACUUCUCGCCAUGUUGCUGCAACUCUUAGCCCCGUACCUCAUAUUCAUGGCGGGAAGCAUCUUCUUUUCCGCAUAUGCAAUGGCCAUCAAUCGUCUUGUCCUGGGGAUGAAUAAGACCAGCAAGCGGAACUUGAAUGGAGGCGAAGACUCAGAGUUCCAAAAGUUGCCGUAUUGUCAAGUCAAGCAUCUUGCUUUCCGAGUCACUCCGUGA